UUUUUAAUCUUAUUAAUUACAAGUGCGCCGUUCGUUGUAUCUCAAUCGAGAAAACAUUUAAAUCAAGAUGUAAAAUACUAUCCAUUCGAUCAAAAUUUGUACAGAAAUGUUUUAAAUCCAGAGUUAUGUCAAGAACAAAUAAAGUACAUAAGAAACAAUAGUACAAUACUACAAGCCCGGUUUCUUGACGCCGGUCUACGUAUACCACAGGGUAUAUUAUUGGGGAAUCAAAUUCAUUUGGGCAAUUUCUACCAAUGCUUAAAUAUAAUAGAAAACGUGAAAGAAAUGAAUAUUCAAGGAAAAUAUUGUUCAUUGAAAGUAUCACUUGGAGAGAUUGGUUCAUUACAAAAUACAAAUGACAAACAUUUUUACAGCGAACCAUAUCAUGUUAACAUCGAUACUGUUGUAGAAGUAACGAGAUUAAUGAAAAAUGUAAAUUACACAAGAGUGCGAACACUCAGUUCUAAUUUAAAAUUACCUUACAGUCCAGAUUAUGAAGUUAACAGCCGUAUGGGACCGGACAAUCCAUUAUCUGAUAUAGAAUUUACUCUAGCGAUUUGUAUACCAGCGCCUUGCACUACACCAGAAGUUAUUAACACUAUUGUGGGAAAUGUAACUGAUAUUGGUAUCAACUAUAAGGAAGACUUCUGUCGUCUUCCUAAUGAUAAACUAUGGGCUCCGGUUGAUUACGUCGCUGUGGCUAUAUUCUCUACAAUCGGCUUUUUAACUAUUCUUAGUACGUGCUACGACAUAUAUUAUUCAAAAGUGCUUGUAAAAGAUAAAAGGAAUGUCAAUUCUCUCUACAUUUGCUGUUCAGUGUAUACAAAUACCAAACGCCUUUUAACGUUCAACAACGUUCCUAACUCACUGGAUUGUAUUGACGGAAUACGAUCGUUGGCAAUGAUAUGGGUGAUCUUAGGUCACACUUUUUACGCAAUACCAAUACACGAAAACCCCCUUGAAGUGUUUGAGUGGGCAAUUUCCCCAAAGGCUAUUUGGAUGACAGCUGGUCACAUGACAGUGGAUACAUUCUUUCUUCUCAGCGGGCUUUUACUGGUUUAUUCAUCUGCAGGAAAAUUAACUGGAGGAAAACUCAUCCGGAGUCUACACAUGUUCUAUUUACAUAGAAUUCUUCGCUUAUUCCCUAUACUGGCGGCUAUGGUACUGUUCGAAGCAUCGCUAUUCAAUUAUGUAUCUGACGGCCCAUUGUGGACGGGCCCGGCGUAUAAUGUACUCAGAUGUAGACAGUAUUGGUGGUCCACAUUACUGCAUAUACAAAACUUCGUCAAUCCACUUAAUCUUUGUGUCGGAGUAUCUUGGUAUUUAUCUCUGGAUAUCCAGUUACAUAUUUUAUCGCCGAUCAUUUUAUAUUGGGUUUUAAGUCCGAAAAAGACAGCCGCGUGGGCGGCAUUGACCUCUGGCCUAAUAGCAUCACUCAUUGCCGCGACCCUUUACAUUUUCAUCAACGAAUUCCAGUCUGGAAUAAUAUCUCCUAACCGUCCUGAAGAUAGUGAUGAUUACUUUAUUUACUACUACAUUAAUCUAUUAACACGAGCUCCUCCAUUUUUUGUUGGAAUGAUUUUCGGCUACAUUAUAUAUUCAUGGAAAGGAAAGAAACUCACAUCAACAAUGGUAAUCGCAAUGAUGUUUUGGCUCUGCUGUCUCUCCAUAUUCGGUAUAAUAUUGUACAUGUUAUAUAUCAACAUGCAGUUGGAAUGGGACAAUCAGACCGCUGACAGCUUCAUCAACUCCUUUGUGAGACCCUUGUGGGGACUUGGCUUGGGUUGGAUAAUAUUUGCUUGUGUUAAAGGAUAUGGAGGUCCAAUUAACUGGUUCUUAUCUCUAUCUGUAUGGAAGCUGCCGGGUCGUCUAUCUUACGCCAUGUACAUUAUUCACUUCUCAAUUAUGGUGGCGUAUUACAAUUCUAAAUUAGCUCCAGCGUAUUUCACAGUAUCAAGUGUGAUGUUCAACUUUUUCGGAUUCUUUUCCCUAACGUUCAUAUUGGCGUUUUUGGCUACAGUAAUGAUUGACGCACCAUUUGGAAUCCUCGUGAAGACUUUAUUAGGUCCAGGUGUGAAGCCAGAGAAAACUGUGGAUAUAAAGGAUCAAGACAAAGAAAUCAUUUCAAUGCCAACAGAUAUUAAAACAAUUCCUACGAACCCUACGAUUGUAGCUGAUGCAGAAAAAUCUUUAUCACCUAGAUAGUUCUAUAGUUACAGUAUUUUGAAAUAGCAAUCUUGAAAGAAAGACAACAUUUUUUUAGUAUUAAUACCAUUUAAUAUUCUAAAAAUCCUUCAAUGUGUCUGUCUGUCGCAUUUUUAUACAGAUUUUCCUACAAACUAACUAUCAGCAAAUGAUAAUUUCAAUUGAAGCCAAGGCUGGUCGUUGGCGUUGAUUUUUUAUUAAUUUAAAAUAAUGUACGUUACCGCGAAGAGAUUAUAAAUUAUAAUUAUUUAUUUAAAUUAGAUAAGUAAAUCAUUGAAUCGGCCCAGCUCGUCCGGUGAAAUACCACGACUACACAGAAGACAGGCGUGUAGUGGAAGCAAUUCCCCGUUUCGUCUGAUGAG